AUGUUACUCCUCCUGGCAUCUAUCCCAUUGAUCCUUCAUAAGGCCGCGAGCUUUGCAAGUUCCCACCGCACUAUGAUCAGUAUCCUUGUCCUGCUAGCCACUCUUCUGUUCGUUUGUCCUGGUUUUGGCUGUGCGUCGGGUGUGGAAACAAUGACGAACUUCUUCAAGGCUUUCACUUUGACUGCCUCUUUCCAGCUGUGUUCUCUGGCAACGGCGCAAACGAGAGUUGAUGGCAGCGCAACCAGUGCCGCGAAUCUAGCACAGUCCACCAUCGCGCCAGCGGGGAAGAUCGUCGACGGAGAAUUUGUUCUCACAGACUCCGUCCUAGCCAACCUCGAGACUCAAGGGGUCUCAAACGUUUCGUUGUUUGAGUUCUCGAGCGGCAGCCCAUCACAGAAGCGGGCUGCAUUAGGACAAUGCAAGACUGCCCCAGGCGACUUUCUAUGGCCGGGUAAAGCUAUAUGGGGCCUCCUCGACCUCUUGACGGGAGGCGCAAUAAUACAGAACGUCCCACUUUCAUCUGUGUGCUACAACUCAUGGGGCAACUACGAUGCCACCGAGUGUACCCGCAUCACAAAACAAUGGACGAAUGUCGAUCUACACAUUGAGAACCCAUCGGAUCUGAUGUUUCCUAUGUGGGAGGGAACAACCUGUAUUCCCCCAGGUAUCGACACCAACGACCCAAAUGGGAAUUGUACUCUUGGCGGAUAUCCCUCGUAUGUCGUCAACGCCACGAAUGUUGCACAGAUACAGCUUGCCGUCAACCUCGCCCGGAACCUCAACCUGCGUCUGGUCGUCAAGAACACCGGUCAUGAUUUCAACGGCCGCUCUGCCGGCGCCGGUGCGCUGUCCAUCUGGAUGAAGUCGUGGAAGGACGUGCAGUUCUACAAGAAUUACAAGACCCCUACCUAUUCCGGUCCAGCCUUGAAGAUCGGAGCGGGACUUGAGAACAGGGAGUUUUUUGCUGCCGCAGAGAAAUACGGAGUGACUGGCGUCGGCGGCUUGUGCACCACUGUUGCUGCCGGCGGUGGCUUCCUGGCAGGUGGAGGGCAUGGACCGAUGGCGUCCUCUCUAGGGCUUGGUGCUGAUCAGGUCCUGAGCAUCGAUGUUGUCACACCCGAUGGCCGGUUUGUUACUGCGAAUGAGAAGCAGAACAGUGAACUGUUCUGGGCUCUACGCGGUGGCGGUGCGAGUACUUUCGGUGUGACCACGUCUUGGACUGUCAAGGUAGCUCCCAAAUUAUCUUCGGCCUCUGUUCUAAGCUUUGUUCUCGCGCCUGCUGGUAAUGUUACCAGCGCCACCAUCUGGGAGGCGAUCAAGCUGUACCUGGGCAGCAUCCCCACUUAUAACGCCGCUGGUAACUACGAAUACUUCAUUAUCGCCCCAUCCGGAGACGAUGUAUCCUUCAUCAUGAGCGGUUGGUUUGCACCGAACACUACCAGAGUAGCACACCAGGCUCUGGUUGCACCACUAUUCCACGCAUGGGCCAAGCUCGGUAUCGAAGUGAACGCAAGGUGGAAGCAGUUCGACAGUUAUCUCCCGGCUUGGGAGUCCCUAACAGACGCUGAAGCCGUUGGCUGGACGACCUCCCGCAGUGGAAGCCGUCUCGUUCCAGAGGAAAAUCUGCUGGAUUCUGCCAAGCUUGACGAGACGCACGCGGUGAUUCAGGAUCUUUUCAACCGUGGCUCUGUGAGCUUCGUCGGCUACGGCAUCAGCGCACACCCGGAUGGAUACCCAGACAACUCCGUCAACCCUGCAUGGCGCACUUCUGGGAUACAUCUCAUUUCCGCCCGCUCUUGGACAAGCGACCUGUCAUUGUCCGCCGUCUCGGAUCUGAGUCUCGACUUCACCAACGAGUGGCUCAAGCCCUUGCGGGACAUCACUGAAGGGGCGUACGCCAGCGAGGCAGACAUCUUGGAGCCCGAUUGGCAACAGUCAUUCUAUGGAAGCACGUAUGAGCGUCUUUACAAAUUCAAGCAAAAGAUUGACCCGACUGGCCUGUUCUAUGCCCACAACGCGGUGGGCAGUGAGAAUUGGCACAUCACGGAUCAGCGGCCGGGCCUGCCAACACAGAAUGGCCGUCUUUGUCGUGCUUAG